AAAGUAAGUGAAAGUAGGGCACAUCUGGUUUCACUCACGAAGUCACAUGAAGGGCAUUAAAAAGUUUUGGACAUGUGUACAGUAAAGUUUGCACUGUCUGUAUUGCACCGUGUAGUACGAGCUUUCUCUAUAAAUAAACUCUGAGAUUUGUAGGCUGUUGGGUGUAGGUCUGACGUCAAGUUAAAGGAGAGCAGGGGGCUGUGCAACCCCGGCCAACUUUCUGCAAGAUCAACCCAGAAACAAGAUCCGCCCUCUCAGCUGCCCUAUUCAUUCUCGGAGUCAACAGGAAAGAGCCAAAGAACCAGACAGGACGAGAAGAGAAAAGAGUAACGCCACAAGAAGAUCAAAGAAAAAGAGUCCGCUUGUGUGCAAGAAGGGCACACAACUCCAAAGAAGACAUGUCUAACAGUCUUCCCACACCCAUCAAAAUGGAAAAUCAAAAACUGAGGGCUGAAAUCAAUCCUCGGGUGUCCAAGAGCUCCGCGCAGCGCCUAAGCAGAGACCUUACCUGUUCUAUCUGCCUGGAUCUCUUCAAAUGCCCCGUCUCAUUACCCUGCGACCAUACUUUCUGCGAGGCCUGCAUUACCAGUUACUGGAGCGGUCCUCGGAGCAAGGGGACAGGCGGAUUUGGCUCCUGUCCUCAAUGCAGGAAAGUCUUUCCCAGGCAGAGCUACCGUCCCAACCGCAUUGUGGCCAAUAUCGUGGAGAGCUACUGCCAGGGGAUAGAGGAGAGCGAGGGUCGGCUGGCCAGCGGACGGGUGACGGUCGAGACCGUGCCCCCUAACCCGCUCUGCGGCAGACAUAGAGAAGAGCUGAAGCUUUUUUGCGAGGAAGACCAGGAGCUGGUGUGUCUGGUGUGCGGGAUCUCUCAGGACCACAGAUCUCACACGCUGGUGUGCGUGGAGGAUGCAGAAAAGAGAUAUCGGGUUUCUCUUAGUAAUGGUGCAAGUGCCCUUCAAGUUGAACUCAACACCGCUCUGGAGUGUGAAAGAGUGACUGAGAGUGAGGUGAAGAAACUGAAGGACCACACGGCAGAUCUUAAGCAGAGAAUUGAGGCGCAGUUUAGUGAACUCCAUCAGUUCCUGUACCAGGAGGAGAAACUCUUGCAGGUGAAGCUGAAGACGGAGGAACGCAGAGAGCUGAUCAGACUGGACGAGCACAAGGCCCUGCUCAGCGUGGAGAUCUCCCGUCUGCGCAGGGCUAUAGGCGACAUCGAGGACAAACUCAGCGAGCAGGAUCCUUACACGCUUCUCAGGAGUAUAAAGAGCCUGCUGCAAAGCAGACAGCCACCGAAGUUUGAGAAGCCCCCGCUGACGCCGCCCAGUCUGUGCGAGGGACGGUUCGCCGGGCCCCUUCAAUACAGAGUUUGGAAGUCUCUAAAGGGAAGCAUCUAUCCAGUUCCAUCUGCCAUAACCUUCAACUCCAAGACGGCCAAUCCCUGGCUGAGUCUUACGUCCUCGCUUACCUGUGUGCGCUACCAGACCUUUAACAGCACUGUAGAGGACAACCCACAGCGCUUCAACGCCGCCCUGUCUCUGCUGGGCAGUCAGGGCUUCACGAAGGGUCGCCAUUAUUGGGAAGUGGAAGUGUACAGCAGCACGGUGUGGACGGUCGGAGUCGCUCGUGAAUCCGUCUCGAGAAAGGGCGUCAUCAACACGAUGCCCGCCAACGGCUUCUGGACGCUCUCGCUGUCGUAUGGAGUUCAGUAUAUGGCGGGAACUUCCCCUCCGACAUUACUGUCCCUGGAGGAGCCGCUGGCGAGGAUCGGAGUGUAUCUGGACUUUAAGAGAGGCCUGGUGUCCUUUUAUGAUGCUGCGAGCAUGACACACCUCUACACCUUUAAGGACACUUUCAAUGAGACCCUCUACCCUUACUUUAACCUGGGAUUCCUGGACAAGGUGCACGAGAAUGAGCCGCUUAAAGUGUUUCUUCCUAAAAUCUAAAAUAUUCAUAUUUUAUAAUAAUCAUAUAGUCUAGGCUGGACCUAGCUGUUCAUGAUACAUGUAUGUGAAGCCAAGCAAUUCAUUUGAAAGGGGUAAUGUAAUUUAAUAAACCACACUGUUUUGUGGGUUGAUUAGAGCAGUGGUUCUCAAACCUUUUGCCAUGCAACACCCCCCCCCCCCUUGUAGGGGCCUUCCCAAAAAAAAAAUUAUGACAUGAUAAAACAAUCUCAUACUUGGGAUUUAAAUUAAACAAAACUUAUUAAAUUAUACAAUGUAGUGUUGUUGGUAGUGUAUUUUGUAAAAUGUAAAAAAAUGGCCACCUGGCACCAUCUCAUGCCCCCUGUUUGAGAACCACUAGGUUAGAGGCUCAUGGAAAAUGAAACCAAAACUACAAAAUGGUUGAAACCAUGGCCGUUUUUCAUACUUAAAACUGCUCUAGGUAUUUGGUAAAGCCAGGUAUAAGUGGUCUCUACUAUAUAAAACCCCAUACCUGCAAGCAAGUGGUUCCCAGCUAAUGGGUAUUGAAGUAGGAAUAUAGUUUGGCAAAUUAUUUGCAGAAAAUCAUUAUGCAAUUUGUUUACUGCAUACCUUACAUAAAGCUACUACAUAUAAGAAAAGAGUAUUUAAGCUAAAUAAACGGAUGGAAAACUCUUAAAUAUAUUUAAGUAUGUUAUGCACAGGUAAAUAACACCAGAAAGCACCUGUAUUUACAUAAUGAUGGGCACUCUAAUAUCUUACAAACCUCACGAUUUUUUAUUUAUUACAAACAUGUAAAAUGUCAAGAAUGAAUAAAAAAGACUAAAAUGA